AGAGAGUGACUUACCCAAAAAAAAAAAAUGAAUAUCUCAGCCCCCCUAAUGAAUAUCUCACCCCCCCUCCCUUCUAACUUGGCAACCAAUGAUGCAAGCCCAGAUUGGAUGAACAAGGGGGACAAUGCGUGGCAGCUUGUGGCUGCUACACUUGUCGGUCUUCAGAGUGUCCCGGGACUCAUACUUUUGUAUGGAGGUGCUGUGAAGAAGAAAUGGGCUGUGAAUUCAGCUUUUAUGGCACUCUAUGCUUUUGCUUGUGUAUUUGUUUGUUGGGUAGGUUGGGGAUAUCAGAUGUCUUUUGGGGAAAAACUCAUUCCGUUUUGGGGGAAGGCUAAUGUUGCGUUGGACCAAGCGUUUCUCCUUGAACAGGCAUCCAGUAACAUGUUUCCUAACGCAACAAUGGUGUUUUUCCAAUGCGUUUUCGCAGCUAUUACUCUGAUUUUGAUCGCCGGAGCCUUGUUGGGGAGGAUGAAUUUUUAUGCCUGGAUGCUUUUUGUGCCUCUGUGGCUAACCUUUUCAUACACUUUUGGAGCAUUUAGCAUUUGGUGUCCACAAGGUUUUCUGUAUGAGAUGGGCAUCAUUGAUUUUUCUGGUGGUUAUGUGAUCCAUUUGUCUUCUGGAGUAGCCGGUUUCACAGCAGCAUAUUGGGUUGGUCCUCGUACAACCAAAGAUAGGGAAAGGUUCCCUCCAAACAACAUCCUACUUAUGAUGGCAGGAGCAGGAUUGCUAUGGAUGGGUUGGACUGGGUUCAAUGGAGGAGGCCCUAGCGUAGUAAGCACUGACGCCUCAUUGGCUGUCUUGAACACACAUGUAUGUGCCGCGACAAGCAUACUGACGUGGAUCAUCCUCGAUGUCAUCUUCUUCCAAAAACCCUCAAUAAUUGGUGCAGUGCAAGGCAUGAUCACCGGUCUAGUUUGCAUCACCCCUGCAGCCGGUGUUGUACAAGGAUGGGCAGCCAUACUAAUGGGAAUUUGCUCGGGAUCGAUUCCAUGGUUCACUAUGAUGGUUGUCCAUAAAAAGUUUGAGCUCCUUCAAAAGGUCGAUGAUACAAUGGCUGUUCUACACACACACGCCAUCGCAGGAAGCCUUGGAGGAAUCCUCACUGGUCUCUUAGCUGAACCAAGGCUAAAUUUUUUGUUCUACAAAGACUAUAAUAGGUAUGUUGGCCUAUUCUAUGGCUUUGACAUGGGAAAGGAAAAUAUCCACUUAGGGUUUCGACAAAUUGGGGUUCAAGUAAUUGGUAUUCUGUUUAUAGUUGUACUUAAUGUUGUGAGCACAAGCUUAAUAUGCCUUCUAGUGAAAGUCAUUGUGCCUCUGAGAAUGUCUGAUGAAGAUUUAGAGAUUGGUGACGAAGCUGCUCAUGGAGAGGAGGCUUAUGCUAUCUGGGGUCAAGGAGAUAGGGUUGAGAAUUCAAGGUAUUCGACUUACAAUGAUAUCGAAAUGCCAGUGAGUAAGAAAUCUGCUAUAGAUGAGAGUAAAUGAAACUCCUAAUUAUAAUGAGUGUCUAAUGUGUCCUUUGCAUCAAAGAGACUUCCAUUUCCUUUCAUAUGUUUUUUUUUUUUUUUUUUUUUUUUGUAUUAAAAUGAAGUCAUUUUGUUUGAAAUGACUUGUUCAUAAAUUUUACAGUUCAGUGCUUGGAAAACAUGAAUAAACAACUUCUUAUGAUAGUGGAGAAGCUUCCAUUUUGAGAUAAUAAAAGACUUUAAUGUAAUUAACUUUGCUUUUGCUAGUUGAUAUAUAUAUGCAUAUUUGAUCCCAAGUUAAUAUU